GAACCUGGGGAAAUCAGGACUGAGAGUCUCGUGCCUGGGGCUGGGGACAUGGGUGACUUUCGGGGGGCAGAUCUCAGACGAGGUGGCUGAGCAGCUGAUGACCAUUGCCUACGAGAGCGGUGUCAACCUGUUCGACACAGCUGAGGUGUAUGCAGCUGGCAAGGCUGAGGUGAUCCUGGGGAACAUCCUGAAGAAGAAGGGCUGGAGGAGGUCCAGCCUGGUCAUAACCACAAAGCUGUACUGGGGUGGAAAGGCUGAGACAGAGAGGGGGCUAUCGCGGAAGCACAUCAUUGAAGGGCUGAAGGCAUCUCUGCAGCGGCUGCAGCUGGAGUAUGUGGAUGUUGUCUUCGCCAACCGCCCGGACAACAACACACCCAUGGAAGAAAUCGUCCGAGCGAUGACACACGUAAUAAAUCAAGGCAUGGCAAUGUACUGGGGAACGUCACGCUGGAGCGCGAUGGAGAUCAUGGAAGCCUACUCUGUAGCCAGGCAGUUUAACAUGAUACCACCUGUGUGCGAGCAAGCCGAAUACCACCUUUUCCAGAGAGAGAAAGUAGAGGUUCAGCUGCCUGAAUUAUAUCAUAAAAUAGGGGUGGGAGCGAUGACGUGGUCUCCACUCGCCUGCGGGAUCAUCUCAGGGAAAUACGACAAUGGGGUCCCUGAAAGCUCAAGGGCUGCGCUAAAGUGCUACCAGUGGCUGAAAGAGAAAAUCGUGAGUGAGGAAGGCCGAAAGCAGCAGGGGAAGCUGAAGGACCUGACACCCAUCGCCGAGCGCCUGGGCUGCACCCUGCCACAGCUGGCCGUCGCAUGGUGCCUGAGAAACGAGGGGGUGAGCUCUGUUCUCCUGGGAUCCUCCAACCCCGAGCAGCUGAUAGAGAACCUUGGAGCCAUACAGGUCCUUCCAAAGAUGACAUCCCAUAUUGUAAAUGAAAUAGAUAAUAUUCUGGGAAAUAAGCCCUACAGCAAGAAGGACUACAGAUCAUAAUGUGCUGCAUGACUCACCUGGUCUGCAUGGUUUACCGAUGCUCUGUACAGCAGUGCAGCCCCGAGUUAUACCUGAUCGUGAGAAUCCUUGCUGCUCGGUGUCUGCUGCUACUGGAUCCUUCGAGAUGUGUGCUCUUGCUAUAAUCUGCAGUGAAAUGGAAAAGCACAGUUGAUCUCUCUCUUCUAACCAAGGAUAACCUUGUAUUUUCUUACCUGCGACUGAAUUCAUUGAUUUUUACUUUAUUCUUAGCACCUCACGCUUGUGCUGUGAAGAACACGUGUAAAGCAAAAA